AUGCUAGCGAAUACCACCAACGAUGUAUCCGCGUUCACUGCCGAAUCUUUUGAUUUUGUCGUUGUCGGUGGUGGAACGGCCGGCCUUGCAGUUGCCUCCAGAUUAUCCGAAGAUCCAAACAUCAGUGUUGGCGUGCUGGAAGCUGGUCCUGACUUAUCGGACGAUCCAAAUGUUGCAUCUGCUGGCGGGUGGCUUGUCACCGCAUACUCUCCCUCCUACGCGUGGGGAUUCGAGACCGUACCUCAACUAUACGCUGAACAAAAGAAGAUCAAUCUGCCCAGGGGUAGGCUAUUUGGUGGUUGCAGUGCCAUGAACGCUAUGAUGUGGACCCGUGCUAGCCGUCCCGAAUACAACGCCCUGGCAGAGUUAGGAAACAAUGGAUGGGACUUCGAAUCGCUGCUUCCUUAUUUCAAGAAAGCACAAUCGCAUUCUCCUCAGGAACAGGACAUAUUCCCUGGCACUGGGGUGUUAACACCUCACCAAGGGGAACGAGGGCCCAUCAAGACCUCUUUUAACACAUGGUACUCUUCGCUAAUUGCUCCCUUCAUCGAGUCCCUCAAGGCGUUAUCGUUUCAAAUUAACACCGACCCAAAUGAUGGUGAUCUGACUGGUCUUAGCAACAUUGCCAGGGCUGCUGAUGGGGAAAAGGGCACACGGCAACAUUCCGGUGUUGCGUAUCUUCAAUCGACGGCUCCAAGGAAGAAUCUUGUUGUUUUAACAAACGCACACGCAACCAAUAUUGUUCUCGACCGCGAGGGCGCAGGCUCCACCGCUCGAGGCGUCGAAUUCCUCGUAAAUAAUGUCAAGUAUACUGUGACAGCAAAGAAGGAGGUUAUUCUCUCCGCCGGCGCAUACGGUAGCCCGCGGUUACUGGAGCUAUCCGGUAUUGGGAUGCCCUCCAUCCUUGGAAAAUAUGGCAUAGAAACUAUAGUCGACCUUCCUGUCGGUGAAAACCUGCAGGAUCACCUCAUGGUAUCACUGAAUUUCUUGCUUACGCCCGAAUCCCAAGCCAAUCUCAAAGUCAUUCCUAUCUCCGUAGAUAUUGAAGAUGUUGCGGGGAAAGAUGCAAAAUCAACGUCUACAGGUGGUCCAUUUCUAUUUUCACCCCUGCGAAAGGUAGUCCCGGAGAACAACCAUGCUCGGCUUAUCGAGCUCCUCAAUGAGUAUCUAUCUUCGGAUGAUAUCAGUUUGAUGGAACGCGCCCAGUUCAACCUACAGAAGAAGUGGCUUGAGGAUCCGUAUUGCACUGCGGCGGAAGCCGAAGUCAUGUUUGCUAAUUUACCUGGUGCAGCGGGCUUGCCGCUGCCUGAUGGAUCGAUGAGUCUCUGGCUUCCUAUCGCCCAUCUUCAUCCUGCCAGCCAUGGUUACGUGCACAUCACUUCCUCCGACCCGCUCGCCAAACCUGAGAUAGAUCACAAAUACCUGAGUCGUGACUACGAUCUUCAGGCUCUGCUUCAAAUUGUCCGCUUUGUUCAGAAGAUAGUGAAGACAGGAGCGCUUGGGAAGAUCGUGACCGGGAGUGCCCUUCCGCCCCCCGACGUCCAAACAGACGAACAACUAGCCACAUGGAUCAGAGGUAAUAUCGCGACUGUGUUCCAUCCUGUUGGGAGCACCCCUAUGGCCCCUAAGGCUAUUGGCGGAGUUGUCGAUUCUACGUUGAAAGUGUAUGGGACAACCAACUUACGCGUCGUGGAUGCUGGCAUCCUCCCUCUUCAACUUGGCGCGACACCUAUGUCCACAGUCUACGCUAUCGCUGAGAAGGCAGCCGACAUGAUCAAAGCAGGGAUAUGA